GAGUUGUCAUUCAAAGGGUGCAAGGGACCUUCUUCCAAGUUACAAAAAUAUCUUCCUUCUCUGUUAAAGGUAAGCCAAAGAGGAAGGACAAAUUCCAUUGCUCUGAUGCUGCCUUCGUUGUUAGGUUUGAGUUCAUUAACAAGGCUGAAUCUACGGGACUGCAAUCUUUUCAAUAUUCCUAGUGAUAUUUCUCGCCUAUCGUCUUUGGAAAGACUUGAUCUUGGUGGUAAUAAUUUUAUCAUCCUACCUUCGUGUGUUACUCAACUUCCCCAGCUUGGAUGGCUUAAAUUGACAGAUUGCAAGGCGCUUAAAUCAGUGCCUGAGCUUCCAACAAAUAGACUAUAUGUAAAUAUAGAUGGUUGUACUUCUCUUGAAAUAGUUGCGUAUCCAUCAAAAGUUUGCACUUCAAGAUAUUCUGCAAAUAUUUCCAAUUCAAAGAUCUUGGCAGGGAUGGUAGCUGUUAAUUGCUUCAGAUUGGCUGAGAACGUCGAUGCCUUAACAUUGCUGAAAAAAGAACUAAAGGUAUUUGGUUCAAGAGCAAUGUUUGAUAUUGUUUUACCUGGAAGUGAAAUCCCAAAAUGGUUUAGUCAACAAAGAGGUGACUCUUGGAUUAAGAUAGAUUUGCCUCUGGAAGUUCGGAAUGAUAGUCAAUGGAUGGGAGUUGCCUUUUGCUGCAUUUUUGUCUGUGAUGAUGCUUCAUCUGAUGACCUCAGGUGUAGGGCUGUUAUCCAUGAUAGAUAUUCUAGCCGAAAGGUCCAUUGGAAUGGUUGGAGUUUCGCAAGCGAUGAACAGGUCGUAAUAAAGGACCACAUUUUCAUUCGUUAUUUCUCGCGUGACAAGUUGUAUCCAAUUUUCUUGGAAGACAAAUGUGGUGAGCAUGAUGAAACCAAGAAUUUAAGGAUGAUAGAUUGCUUAGAUCAAGAAUGCCAUCAACUUGAGCUGUCUAUGAUAUCCUUGAAGUAUCGCUUGUUUAAGGUGAAGAAGUGUGGAGUUCGAAUUGUGUAUGAGAAAGAUUUGGAAGAGAUGGAACAAAUGCAGGAGCUGCAUAGCAGUCAGUGUUGCGCAAAUUGUGAAGAUGUCCAGCAACACUCUACUGAUGAUGGAUCAAUAGGUAACGGUUCCCUGGUAAAAAGAAAACGUAAUAUCUAUGAGGAAAUGGAUGAAGCGCCGCAACCGAAACGGAUGCAAAAAGUUUUCAAUUCAGUAAUGAGACUGGGGAAGAAGCACUAAUUGUGAUAUUCAUCAGUUCAUCAAGCUUUCUGAGGUUAGGCAAAUUUUUGAAGCUGGCUUCCAUGCAGCACAAGAAGCAGACCAAGCGGCCGAGCCAUGCAGUUGCAACUGAAGCUCAUGCUGCUGAUUCAUUUUGGUUACUUCAAGUGUUUGUCUUGUUACUUAGUUGGAUUUGAACUAAGUUGUCAUUAGUUUGAUUUGAACUAAGUUGUCAUUGUACUUGAUGUAAUUAGGUAAUGUUUGAGCUGAUAAAUCAGCUUUACCAAGUGUGCAAGUUUUGUUUAACAAGUUACAAUGCUACUUAGUGGAGUUGGGUAGAUGUUUAGGGAACUUUGUAUUAUUUUGACCAGCUGAAAUGCUAGGUAUACGUAAUGGCAUUAUGCCUUAAUUCAAU